AGGAGAAAAAAAGGCAGCCCUGCCGCCGGCCAACGCCCCUCCGGGCCUUGACACCCCCCCGGGGACCCCCCCAGCCUUGGCCACUGCCGUGCGUCGGCCGCCCCCACCCUCCAUGGGGGUGUAGUUGGAAAAAGGAGGGGGGAGGCGGAGGAAGAAGAAGAACCGGCGCGCGGGGUUGGGGGGGGGGGGGAGCGAUUCGGCUUCUGCGGCUCGGGCAGCUAACGGAUCGCAGCCUCGGUCCUGGCUUUUGGGGAGGGGGCGCCCGGCUAGACCCGCGUCCUCCCCCCUCCCGCUCAAGCUCCCCCCCCCCCCGCCGCCGCCACUCCGGUCGAAGAGCCAGACGUGGACCGCGGCUCCGGUUCGUGCCCAGCAGCUCAGCCCGGCGCCGUCGAGCGACUGGAGAACCGGAGAGAGAAGGAAGGAAAGAAGGAAGGAAGGAAGGAAGGAAGGAAAAAAAGGGGGGGAGGAAGGAAAAACAGGGGGGGGGGACUGCGUCUGCGUCGCCCUCCCACCCGAUUUGCAGACGGGAGAUCGACAUUUGCAAUUCUGCACCCCCCACCCCACCCCCCACCCAAGACCAGGAGGAAGGCGAGAAGGAGCGGAGGCUCGGUGGACCGGGGGGUCUUGGCCCCCCCCCCAAUAAGGGGGGGCCCAGCAUCCUGGAGAGGCGGCCAUGGGGAGUUUCCUCUUCUAUGGACAGUUCUCCCCCCCCUGGAGCGGAGAGGGCCGGUGGCCUUUUGACUCCCGAGACGACUGAUUGACGCACCCCCCCCCCUCUCUCCAGGCAACCUGAACUUGCUUCGUACCCCAUUUGGCUGGAAGGGACCCCCGGGGGGCCCAGGACCCCCUCUGGUCUAACCCCCCCCCCGUUUUUCCUCUGGUGGCUCUUUUUUUUUUGGAGGGUCCCCCCCCCCUCACAUGGAGAGGUGAUCCAGGAGUUUGCCACCGUGCUGAAAGGACAUCUCCAGAGAGUGGAGUGUGUGGGGGGGAGGUGGGGUGGGUUGGGGGGUCCAGUUUUAUUUUUCAGAGAGAAAGAGAGAGAGAGAAGAAGAAGGUGCCAAGGUUGGGGGGGGGGGGGGAGAAGAGAAAGGCCGGACAAGAGCCUCCUCCCCAAAGAAGAAGACUGAAGGAAGCUGGGCUCCCCACAGAGGGGGGGGGGCAGUUAAAAAGACGAAGCCGGCCGGGGGGCGCAGUUCACGGAUUCCGUGGCAGCGCAGAGGCCACGGCCGAACUUUCUCCAUGAGGAGGGGUAGAAGAUGCCGGCUUUGCCCGCACUGCUGCUGCUGCUGAUUCUUGGCUACGCCCACGAGAGCAUAGAAGUGCUGUCUUCCCUGCGCAUGGCUGCAAUCUUGGAUGACCAGACCGUGUGUGGCCGCGGGGAGCGACUGGCGUUAGCUCUGGCACGAGAGCACAUCAACAGCAUCAUCGAGGUGCCGGCCAAGGCCCGCGUGGAGGUCGAGAUCUUCGAACUGCAGCGGGACAGCCAGUACGAGACCACGGACACCAUGUGUCAGAUCCUUCCGAAAGGGGUGGUUUCAGUGCUGGGCCCGGCAUCCAGCCCAGCCUCUGCCUCUAUUGUCAGCCACAUCUGUGGAGAGAAAGAGAUUCCCCAUAUCAAAGUGGGUCCCGAAGAGACCCCGAAGCUGCAGUACCUUCGGUUUGCCUCUGUCAGCCUCUACCCCAGCAACGAGGAUGUCAGCCUAGCCGUCUCUCGCAUUCUCAAGUCAUUCAACUACCCCUCGGCUAGUCUCAUCUGUGCCAAAGCUGAGUGCCUGCUGCGGUUGGAGGAGCUGGUGCGUCAGUUUCUCAUCUCCAAGGAGACGCUCUCGAUCCGGAUGCUGGACGACACCAACGACCCAACGCCGCUGCUGAAGGAGAUCCGCGACGACAAGAUCUCCACCAUUAUCAUUGAUGCUAAUGCUUCCAUCUCCUAUCUCAUCCUCAAGAAGGCCUCUGAGCUGGGGAUGACUUCUGCCUUCUACAAGUAUAUCCUGACCACAAUGGAUUUCCCGAUACUGCACCUAGAAGGGAUUGUGGACGACCAUUCCAACAUCUUGGGUUUCUCCAUGUUUAACACCAGCCACCCGUUCUACCUGGAGUUUGUCCGUAGUCUCAACAUGUCCUGGCGGGAGAACUGUGAAGUCAGCCCUUACCCUGGGCCUGCAUUGUCUGCAGCGCUGAUGUUCGACGCGGUGCAUGUCGUGGUGAGCGCCGUGCGGGAGCUGAAUCGCAGCCAGGAGAUCGGGGUCAAGCCGCUGGCCUGCACUUCGGCCAACAUCUGGCAGCACGGGACCAGCCUCAUGAACUACUUGCGCAUGGUGAGAGGCACUGGAAUGUGUGGGAGUGUACAGUUCAACAGCAAGGGUCAGAGAACCGAAUUAUUACCAUGCGAGAUCCUGGAAAAGGCACGUCACGGUCACCGGGAGAUUGGGGUGUGGUACUCCAACAGGACUCUCGCGAUGAAUGCCACAACGCUGGACAUCAACAUCUCAGAGAGCCUGGUUAACAAGACUCUGAUAGUCACCACUAUCUUGGAGGACCCCUACGUGAUGCGCCGGGCAAACUACCAGGAGCUCUCUGGCACUGAGCAGUACGAGGGCUUCUGUGUGGACAUGCUGCACGAACUCGCUGACAUCCUUAAGUUCCGCUUCCAGAUUAAGCUGGUGGAGGAUGGGCUCUACGGGGCACCCGAGCCCAAUGGAUCUUGGACCGGCAUGGUGGGAGAGCUCAUCAAUAGGAAAGCCGAUCUGGCGGUGGCUGCCUUCACCAUCACGGCUGAGCGGGAGAAGGUUAUCGACUUUUCCAAGCCCUUCAUGACCCUGGGGAUCAGCAUCCUGUACCGUGUACACAUGGGACGCAAACCGGGGUAUUUCUCAUUUCUGGAUCCCUUCUCCCCAGCUGUUUGGCUUUUCAUGCUCCUGGCCUAUCUGGCUGUCAGCUGCGUCCUCUUCCUAGCUGCCCGGCUGAGCCCCUACGAAUGGUACAACCCCCACCCCUGCCUCCGGGAACGUCACAACAUCCUGGAAAACCAGUACACGCUGGGGAACAGCCUCUGGUUCCCCGUCGGGGGCUUCAUGCAGCAGGGAUCGGAGAUCAUGCCCCGGGCUCUCUCUACCCGCUGUGUCAGUGGGGUUUGGUGGGCGUUCACGCUGAUCAUCAUCUCCUCUUACACGGCCAACCUGGCCGCCUUCCUCACCGUGCAACGGAUGGAGGUACCCAUCGAGUCGGCGGCGACCUGGCCCAGUGAAACCAACAUGUCCAGGCUCUGGCCACGAUCCACUGGCUCUACCAUGACCUUCCAGAACUCCCGGUACCAGACGUACCAGCGGAUGUGGAAUUACAUGCAUUCAAAGCAACCUAGUGUCUUUGUAAAGAGCACAGAAGAAGGGAUUGCCCGGGUGCUGAAUUCCAAAUACGCCUUUCUGCUCGAGAGCACCAUGAACGAGUAUCACCGGAGGCUCAACUGCAACCUCACGCAGAUCGGGGGACUGCUGGACACCAAGGGCUACGGCAUUGGCAUGCCACUAGGUUCCCCGUUCCGGGAUGAGAUCACCCUCGCCAUUCUGCAGCUUCAAGAGAACAACCGCUUGGAGAUCCUGAAACGCAAAUGGUGGGAGGGAAGCAAGUGCCCAAAAGAAGAGGACCGCCGGGCCAAAGGGCUGGGCAUGGAGAACAUCGGUGGCAUCUUUGUGGUUCUGAUCUGCGGGCUCAUCAUCGCCGUCUUCGUUGCCAUCAUGGAGUUUGUGUGGGCCACGCGCCGCUCGGCGGAACACGAAGAGAUCUCGGUGUGCCAGGAGAUGCUGAGGGAGCUGCGCCAUGCCGUCUCUUGCCGCAAACCAACCCGUUCCCGCCGCCGGCGCCGCCACUACACAACCCGUGGGGCCCUGUCGCUGCGCUCUAUCCGCGAGAUGCGCCUCAGUAACGGGAAGCUCUACUCGGGGACUCUAGUAUCAGAGCCCGGCCCACAGCGCCUCCUGGAGGAUCCCCCCAGGCCUUGCACCCAUGUCCGCAUCUGCCACGAGUGCCGGCGUAUCCAGACUCUUCGGGGAGCACCCCCGCCACCUCGGGGACCCCCGCCCACAGAGGAGGGCACUCCACGAAGGGGAGUCGCCCGCGAACUCAGCGAGCAGGAGUGAGCUCCCCCCAACUUGCUUAUUGCGCCCCAACUUUCUCCCUGCCUUCGCUCUCUUGUGGAGGUGCCUGCAUUUAGACAUGUACGCUAUGCGUAUGCCCUGACUUUGGGACCCAGGCGUGUGGGGACCCCCCGUCAAAUUGGAGCCCCCGCUGCCCUCGGAGGAGAAAUCCUCGCAGCACCCCGGUAAAUCUGGAGAGAAAGAUCCACAGCGAUCCCUGAAAUGCAAGGGAGCGUGUCUCUUUCUAACCCCCACUCUUUGCAGGAAAGAGACCCCCACACACACUGAAUCCUGCCAUCGGGCUGAUAGAUCUUUAGCUGCCUAUUCUGACCUUGGAGCAAGGUAGAGUCCAGAGUCAGCUACUGUUCAGGUGCAGAAAGAUCCAAAACCACAUCGGCCUUUUCGGGAGAGCAAUGCUACAGGUUACCCUUCCUUGUAUCAGCCUUGCCCUCGCCAACUCCUCUCCCUUCCACUGUGCAACGGUCCCCAUUGUGCUGUUCUCCCAACCCUUCACUCCAAGGAGGGAAUUGCUCAAACAAAUGCACCGGUGGGGUAGGAGACGCCAAACUGCCCCCAAUCAUGUGCCUCGGGGAAGUCGGGAAACAACACUCUGGCCGUCGGGGUGGGCGGUUUAUGUAGACCCUUCUUUGUGCAUGUGGUGUAAAGGUGGGGGGAUACUUUUGGAAGAUGAGCAGGGAGGAGCCCCCAUCCCGUAAUUAGGUGCACAGAACAGUGUGCGGAUAGUCAAACCACAGUUUAGGGAUUGGGCUGAACUUGGGGGAUCCUCGGCUGUAAAGGAAAGCCGCCUUCCACGGCACCUGUUUGGAGUCCGUGCUUCUCACAGAUAGACCUGGAACAACCAGGACCAAGAUUCAAAGGGAGCAAGAGGAUGAAAUGGACGGAGGUAAACGGAACGACACAAAGCCCGACGCUUGGGAGGUGGUGGUAGGGAAGCAACCUGCACAGGAUCCUGAAAGCGGAAGACGGUGGGGAGCGAGGAUGGCUCUGUGGGGCCCCCUCCCCAAAAUGUUUUGUCUGUCUUUUUAAAUUUUGUUUCACUCUUUUAAUUUUUUUUCCUUUUUUGGAGAAAUUUCUAUAGAAGCCAAAAACUGGAGACUUUAGUGGCGACCCCAAAAGACAAAUAAACAUGAAGAUACUUGAUUCUUUUA